AUGCGACACAAGAGUUUUACUUUAGUCGAAGUUUACUCAUUAAACCUGGUGGUAUUUUUUUUUAAAGCACCGCUUCCCUUCCCUCCUCAAAAGAAUCCCCUGAUUCAAAAGGGCCCGUCUGUGUCUGACGACCAAAAACAAAUUUCUGUGGCAUUUAGUCGACUUGCACUGUGUGAUGAGAGAAAUGGAAAGAUUAGACAAUGGUUUGUCAUCGUCUCAAAAGAAUCAAAAGAAUCAGCAAAUAAAUUUUAUGGAUCGAAGAAGAAAUACAUGGAUUUCAUUAAAAUUAAUUAUAAAACCUGGAGGGAUGUGUAUGAAAAGGAUGAAAGCCACACUUAUGUAGCAUCAGAUUCCUGGCAACCAAACUGUGAUGAAAGUAAACGAAAGAGAAGAAGUGUAGAAAAAACCAUCGCAUUUACCCUUGGAUCAGAUGGAGAAUGUUCUAAUCCUCGCAAAUAUUGUAAUGGUGUUCUAGAGCCAGGAAAAACAUAUCGGGUGCGAUUUGCGACAUGUACUGAAGAAGGGUGUCUGGAAUCAGAAUACUCAAGUCCAUUCACCACGGCUCCAAACAACGUACCAGUUAUUGCCGGGUCAGUUACUGCUGUUGUCCUUGCUCUUAUUGUUGUAAUAUUAGUCAUUGUAUUCCUUAAAAGGAGAGGGAAAGGGCCAUUUAAAGAAAUAAGUAAUGGUGAAUCCGGACAAGAAAAUGAGGGGUUUUCUGCUGUAGAAAUGACCACCACAUCUAAGCCACCUAAGGCUGUUGGAAUAGCUGAUUUUGCCAAUUAUGUUCAGAAAAUGCACGCUGACAGCAACCUUUUAUUUUCACAGGAGUACAAGUUAUUAAAGGAAACUUGUCCAGCUCAUACAACUAAAGCUGCUGAAAUUCAAGUAAACAGGAUCAAAAAUAGAUAUACCAAUAUCCUGGCCUACGAUCACAGCAGAGUGAAACUUCUACCAACAGAAGAUGACGAAGGGUCUGAUUACAUUAACGCCAAUUAUAUACCGGGUUUCAGCUCCCAGAGGGAAUACAUUGCUACGCAAGGGCCUCUACCCUUUACCCGUGACGAAUUUUGGCGGAUGAUUUGGGAACAGAAUGUCAGUAUUGUUGUUAUGCUGACACAGCUGGUUGAGAGAGGACGCAGAAAGUGCGAUAUAUAUUGGCCUGAAACGACGAGGGAACCAGUGUACUACGGAGACCUUGUGGUGGAAACUGAAUCAGAAUCCACUCUCCCCGACUAUGUCCUGCGUGUGAUGUCUGUAAAACUAGGAGACAGCAGAAAAACAGUUAAACACUUCUCGUAUUUAGCAUGGCCUGAUAUGGGUAUUCCUGAAACAUCUGAAACCAUGCUUAAAUUUACAAAGGAGGUUAGGAGUCAUCUUCCUCCUCUUACAACAAAUAGAGGACCUCUUGUUGUACAUUGCAGUGCUGGAGUGGGACGUACCGGUACAUUUAUUGCCGUUGAUUAUUUGAUGCAACACGUGACUUCCAGUGACGUUGUGGAUAUCUAUAACUAUGUUAUGAAAAUGCGAAACAAUCGACCAAACAUGGUUCAAACAGAGGACCAGUACAUUUUCAUUCAUGACUGUAUCAGAGACUACGUCAACAGAAGUGACGAGGACAGUGACGAGGAAAAUGAAGAGGGCGAGGAGGAUCGAGGAAAUCCUAUAUAUGCCAACAUGUAGGGAAAUCAUUUUGAAAUGUUGUGCUACACUGGUGUGAAUGAAGAGCAUACAAUCAGCAUUUUUUAUAAACGAUUUUUUAAAAAUAUGUUUGACAAACUUGUAUCCUGAUAUUUUUUUCUUUCUUGGAUAUAACUACAUGUAUGUUUUUAUCUACAUUGACAUUUAUUUCUAUUCAUUAAUAAUAUUUUUCAGGUAAAGAUUCAACUUUUUAUGGUAUUUUAGAUUUAUUUUUGUUUUCAUGUCAAGCUUAAUUAUUCAUUCAUUUUUAAUUUAUAGUUUUGUAUAUUUAUCGUCAAUGAUCAAGUAAAUAAUAUAUUGGAAGAUAGGAACACAAUAUUUGUAUUAGUAUAUAUGUUAAAGAAAGUGUCUGCCUUUUCAAUAAAAUUCUAAAAUGCAGGACUUUUCAUCACAAAAUAUGUAUUAAUUUUAUAAAUCUACAGUAUAUAUAGAUUUGUAGAAUUUAUUUUUCACUGUAACUUUUCAUGUAAAUGUUGAAACCAUGAACAAGCUUCAGCAAUGUGAUGUAUUUUCGCCAUGCAUAAUACACAAAUUUUACUACAUGCAUGUAUAAUUUCUGUCACAUGGUAAAAACGUCUGAGGUUGUUGAUUAUUUUCUGCUAUAUUUUCUGUUAAUUUUCAUUUUCUUCCUUAUUAGUGUUUUAGAUAUAAAUAUCGA